AUGAGCAUCCUCCCAACGCCUGGCCGGGAGCUAAUGAAGAGGCACGCACCCCCUCAGCCCGACCCGACAGGGGGCGUAGACAAAACGCAGGCGGCUCGAGACUUCCACUCGUGGCUCCGGGUAUGCCCUGAAGAUACCCUCAUCGUCUACACUGACGGCUCGCAGAGCGAAGACGGCGCCUGCGGAACCCCGGACCAGCAGUGGCCGAUAGUCGUCUGCCUUGAUAACACUGCGGCUAUAAGAGCCAUACGAGGCAGCCCAUCGAUCUCGUCGCAAGCGGCUGCGGAGAAGUUCGCUGAGGCCGCGGCUCGACACGGAGAUGUCAGCACGCGUUGGUGCCCCGGCCAUACGGGGAUCGCCGGCAACGAGCGGGCCGACCAGCUAGCAAAGGAGGGCUGCCGGGCCGAGGGUCCGGACAGAUCGCCGACCUACGCGAACAUCAAGAGACAGGCCAAGGCUGCGGCCAGGCGCGACUUCCAGGACUGGUGGGCCGCGGGGCCCUGA